CCUCGGGUAAGACAGUGGUCUCCCCUGCAGGUCUGCCCCGGGAAAAGCCUUAGGACCAGAGAGGUUGAAUGAAAGAAAGAGAAGAAGGAGAGCCCCUAACCCCCUCCCACACACAGCGGUCAGCUGACCGAGCAUCAGCGCGUGCCUCACGGACAAACGUGCCUCCCAUGAUUCCGAGGGGGUCCGCAGCAGUCUGACCACACCCACCUGAGCGAGCGCACAGCGCGGCUCUAGAGGAGCAGGAUGGAGCCCGCACUCUCUCUGUGAAGGGCACCUCUACGGGACGCUCCACGACGCUCUGUGUCUCACGCGUCACUCUGCCGCCGCGCUCUGCCGCCUGCACGACGCUUACCAGGUAUGCUCCCAGGCUGACGCUGUGACGCGGGGGACACGGACAUGGCGGCCAGGGGCCACGCCACGGGGCCAGCGGAGUCUCAUCGCUGCACCGGGACCAACAACGGAACGUGCGCAGAGCAGCUCAGCGUCUUCCCGCCCUUCUCCUCCACGCUCGCGCUCAUUGUGCUGGUGCUCGUGCUCGUUGGGAUCAUUCUGGUUUCCUUGGCAACCUUCCAUUUCCACAAGAGGAAGCUCCGUAAAAGGAAAAUCCUGCGCGCACAGGAGGAGUACGAGCGCGACAGGCGCAGCCCCGCGCGCGCCUCCGGUAACGAGCUCGUGAGACCUUGUGUCAUUGUUCGCCCCCUCAGAUGUGAAGAGAAACCAAGGGCCCCCCCCAACGAGGGCCAGGGGCUCAACACCGCCAAGGGCCAGGGUCACUCCACCGAAGGCCAGAGCCACCCAACCGAGGACCAGGGCCACUCCACCGAGGACCAGGGCUCCUCCUCCUGCGAGGGCCAAGGCUCCAGUGAGGCCCCUAACGAACCCCACAACAUAGCCCCCAAUGAGGCCCCCAACAAGGCCCCCAGCGAGGGUCCCAACGAGACCCCCAGUGACUGUUGACGCGACUUCAGGGAAAACAGAACAGCAAUAACCCGGCACAACACCCCACGGCUGCCUGCACCUCCAGAUCUGUAGACCUGAGGACCUGAUUUAGACCAGACCCAUGUCCCUAUAGACCCAUGUCCCUAUAGACCCAUGUCUCUCAUAGACCAUUCUCCCUCACAGACCCAUGUCCCUAUUAACCUGAUCAGAGCCAGGACCGGCUCUGCCCAAACCAGGUCCUCCAGGUCUUCGGCCUUUAUAGAACUGCUCUUGUACAUUUCUGUUCUUCCAGCCUACUCCUCGCUGGUCCAGGUCUGGUCCCGUUCCAGUCCAGGUCCAGUCCAGGUCCGCUCCUUAUCUGGUCUCGGUCUGAUCCUGGUCUUGUUCUGGUCUGGUCUAGUCCCAGUCUGGUCCCGGUCUGGUCUGGUCCCGGUCCGGUCCCUGUCUGGUCCCGGUCUGGUCCUGGUCCGCUCCUGGUCUAGCUCCAGUCUGAUCCCGGUCUGGUCCCAGUCCUGGGCCAGUCUUGGUAUGGUGUGGUGGGGGACAGUGCUGUGGGUUGGUGGCAUGUGUUCAUAUAGUGUUAGUGGUAGGCAGCAGAGGCUGCGUAGGCUUUAGCAUAUAUCCUGCUUUAGUGUCUCAGACACGUGUAGCUCCUAUAGCCUGACAGGACCUAUAGUUAUGCACAUUUACUACUCUGUACAUAUGUGAUUAUUCUAUACAUCAUGUGUCAUAUAGAGCUCUUCCAGCCCCUACACCUGUCAUGUCAUCUCUGGCCUUAUCAAAUAUGUACGCUUUAUAAUAAACAACUGAGGAAAG